AUGUAUAUUUUAAGAGAUAUAGCUCCGGAAUGUUUUGAGCCAAAGAGAAAAGCCCAUAAAGAUGAUAAUUGGAAAAACAUCAAUUGGGUAGACAAUAAUGGAUUAACUCAAUUAUCAAUGUCUAUAUUGCGUCACAACAUAGAGAAUGCAAUUUUUUGCAUCCAGGUUCUCAAAUGUGAUGUAAAUAUUCCGCAACGAUAUUUGCCAAUAAGCUUAGCUGUUCAAAUUGAUAACCUAGCGCUUGUGGAAGUUCUUUGCCAAAACGGUGCUGAUUUAAACAAAGCAGACUUUCAAGGUUAUUAUCCCCUUGACAGAGCGAAAAGUCAAGAAAUGCGUGAUUUUCUAACAAAGCACGGAUCUGUACAAAGAAAGAAAUAA